CAGGUUUGCUACACGUUAUAGAAGAAGGAGCUGUGGCACAGUGCGGUACAUGUUAUAAAAGAGACACACUCAAGUUUAUCUGUACAGACAAGAUGGUGGACACCAGCACGCUCUGCCUCUUUGAUGUGGACGGCACGCUCACGGCCGCGAGACAGCCCGCGACUCCAGACAUGGCCGAGUUUAUCCAGAAGCUGAAAACUCGGGUUCGAGUCGGAGUGGUGGGGGGCUCGGACCUCGUCAAGAUCCAAGAGCAGCUGGGAGAUGACGUGAUCCAGAGAGUGGACUAUGUGUUUGCUGAGAAUGGUCUUGUGGCCUAUAAGAACGGACAGUUAGUCUCUAUUCAGUCCAUCCAGGCCCACAUGGGAGAAGAACUCCUACAAGAUUUCAUCAACUUCUGUCUCAACUACAUGGCCAAGAUCAAACUGCCCAAGAAGAGGGGGACAUUCAUUGAGUUUCGUAACGGCAUGUUGAACGUCUCCCCUAUCGGACGCAGCUGUACGCAUGAGGAGAGGAAGGAGUUCUAUGAGCUGGACAAGACAGAAAAAAUCAGAGAGAAGUUUGUGUCCGUAUUAGAGGAGGAGUUCAAAGGAAAAGGAUUGUCUUUCUCAAUCGGAGGGCAGAUCAGCUUUGACGUGUUCCCUGAUGGCUGGGAUAAGAGAUAUUGUCUGGGGAUUGUUGAGAAGGACAACUACUCAACUAUUCACUUCUUUGGAGACAAAACCAAACCCGGAGGAAACGACUACGAAAUCUACGCCGACCCUCGGACCAUCGGCCAUGAAGUCUCCAGCCCAGAAGACACAAAACAGCUCUGUCAGCAGCUUUUCUUCUCAUGAGCCAGAAGCUGCGACCGUUACUGUACGUUCCCAUCACAUUUGUACAAAACAAGAGACGACAGACUUUUAUUUCGGAGGACGUUUUUCAUCCGCGAGGAUCUAAUCUUGAGGUUUCGUUUACGAAAAAGAAUGAAUUUAACGCAGGAAGAGCCAAUGUGUCUGUGAUAAUGCCGAGUCAGGACAGAGUCACUGAUACAUGGAGAGAUAGAAUUGUGGGUUUUCUUAAUGGGGUUUUGAAUGAGGAGCGUUAUGGCUUUAAGUGUGAUAGUAAACAUUGUUGAUAAUCUACAACAUUACCUCAUGGUAAAGGUUGAGUCAAAACCUUUACCAACAUAGCUGCCAGAGAUAUAAAAUGCAGUUUUUUUUCUUUUUUUUGAGUCCACAUGUGAGUCUGACCAUCAUGUCCUUCAAUCACUUAACUGGAAAUUCAGCUUAUUUGUACAUGGCCUUAAAAACAGCUUGGUACUGUGUGGAAGCUUCUAGGAAAGUCAUGUCAGUGUUAGUUUGAUUUUAGUUUUUUGUUUUUUGUCCCUGAGCAAAUGUAUAAAAUCCUUUUCUAUGUUUCACUCUUGCCUUUCGUUCAUCUACGUUUACCGUCACUGCUCAGUUUGAUCCCAACAAACUGGAAUCCCUAGCCAGAUGUUUUAGAACCCAGAUUAGAAGCUUUUAUGAACUGGCAGCACUUUAGGCUCAAUCACUCUGGUGUUCUGGAAGUUCAUUAAGAGUAAAAUGUAUUAGUUAGUUAUUGGACUAAUGUAAGGUGAGGAAAAAGCUACAGGUUGAAGGAUUUCAGACUAAAGAGGUGUAGAACAAAAACAACUUUAUCUGGGUGAUGAAUUUCCCUUCUUAUAAAAAAUAAAAAACAUAAAUGUUUAUUUAUAUUAUCGGCUCCUUAAAUGUUCUAGAAUGUAGGCUGUAAUAAGUAAUGUUCCCAAUAUAUGGCACUUAAAACCUUAAAUGAAGAACCCCCUUGUAUUCUGCUGUAAAGGAUCAGAACUGUGAGAAAUAAAAGAAGGGAACAAUG